UCCUGCAGUGGGCAUUGGAGAUUUAAAUCAGAUUCUGUAAUCCUGAUAUGUUUUUGAGCAAUGUAAAAUGCUCCGUCCUGACUGCAUCUGGACGAGUAGCAGAAGUGUAAAGAGACCGCACGCUGGUGAUGUCUGGGGAGAUAGGGCAUCUUUCCAUACAGUGUAGAGAUUUUGCUCCUUCCUUUUUCGUAGUUUUUACUCUCGUGACCCAGGAUUGGGCUCAGCCACUAAAGCCACAUUUCCUUCUGGAAGACACGCGGUGUCUGUUCUGCAGAGCGCAUCCCAGACCUUACCUGCUGCUUCAUCAGACACCACCAAGAUAAGGCGGGACGUGCGUGCCGACAGCUGUCCCUCGCUCCACUCUGUGGAUGCCAUCUCUUCUUUAUUCCAGGUGACCUCUGGGGGAACAGAAAGCAUACUGAUGGCCUGCAAAGCUUACCGGGACCUGGCCUUUGAGAACGGGAUCAGAACUCCAGAAAUUGUGGCCCCCCAAAGUGCCCAUGCUGCGUUUGACAAAGCAGCCAAUUAUUUUGGGAUGAAGAUUAUCCGGGUCCCGCUGAACAGAAUGAUGGAGGUGGAUGUUCGGGCAAUGAGGAGAGCCAUCUCCAGGAACACGGCCAUGCUCGUCUGUUCUACCCCCCAGUUUCCUCAUGGCAUCAUUGAUCCUGUCCCGGAAGUGGCCAAGCUGGCUGUCAAAUACAAAAUACCUCUUCACGUAGACGCUUGUCUGGGGGGCUUCCUCAUCGUCUUUAUGGAGAAAGCCGGAUACCCGCUGGAGCAGCCAUUCGAUUUCCAGGUGAAAGGCGUGACCAGCAUCUCAGCUGAUACCCACAAGUUUCCAGUGGAAUUUAUCUUUGCUUGCAUCCCGACGCACCGCGCUGGAGUCCUGUUGACAUCAGAGAAACCACGUGCUGGCGAGGGGGGCUCGCACGCCUCAGCCCUCAGAGGGCAUUUCAGCCCCAUCCCUGCAGCCCUCCACCCUUAAUGUUCUGAGUUUGAGUGUUCGUGCGAGGGGGCGCGGCGGGACGCGGGCCGUGAAGGAGCGUGUGCGUGAGGAGUUGGCGGGGCGGGCCUGCCUGCGGAACCGCGCU